CUGUUCAGCACAUCUGACUCUAGUCGCUCAGCUGACACAACCUCAAGGCAGCCCUUAGCCUUGUUGCUUCUCAGCCUUGAGGCCCCUUGGACUGCUAACAGCUAAAUUCGCUGCUUAGAUUCAUUUGGGUCUUUCCUUCAGCCCGCCUGGCUUUCCAGCUUGAGAGAAAAUCAUGGUUGCCACUUGCUUGCACCUCACUGGAUUUGCGGCUAGCUUUAUUGGAUGGAUUGGCUUGAUCGUGGCAACCUCCACUAAUGACUGGGUUGUGACUUGUGGUUACACCAUCACCACCUGCCGGAAGAUGGAUGAGCUGGGAUCCAAGGGACUGUGGGCAGACUGCGUCAUGGCAACGGGGCUGUAUCACUGCAAGCCACUGGUGGACAUCCUCAUUUUACCAGGGUAUGUCCAGGCAUGUCGGGCACUGAUGAUCGCUGCUUCCGUUUUGGGACUUCCAGCUGUUUUCCUCCUGGUGACUGUUCUGCCUUGCAUCCGGAUGGGCCAUGAGCCUGGAGUGGCCAAGUACCGGCGCUCUCAACUAGGAGGAAUCCUCUUGAUCCUCGUGGCUCUGUGCGGUGUCGUGGCUACGAUUUGGUUCCCAGUGAGCGCUCAUCGUGAAACCAUGAUCAUGAGUUUUGGAUAUUCCCUCUAUACGGGCUGGAUCGGAUCUGCUCUUUGCCUCUUUGGUGGGUGCAUCAUCGUUUGCUGCUCAGGAGAUGCUCAGUCAUUCGGCGAGAAUCGUUUCUACUAUGCCUCAGGAUCCAGCUCUCCUACCCAUGCAAAAAGCGCCCAUGUAUAAAGGCCCCUGAGACUUCUCGCAUCUUCAUCAAAUGUUUGAAACGGGUGGAUGGUAUGUUUGUGUGUGUUUGGGGUCUUGCAUUUGCUGGCAUCUUCACACGCAGGUUGACCACAUCCCUUGCAGAAAAGUUAAUGAAACAACCUGAAAAUUUUUAAAAGCAUUAAAUGUCACAUGUUUGCCUUAAUAAAAAACAGUAGCAAAAAAUGGGCCAGGCCUGUUCUCCUGGUUCGUGUGCUUAAGAAACAGCCGAAAAACCCCCUUCCUUCCCCUUUUCCUUCCUUUUCACGACUUACCACUUGUUUUCCCCCAUUCAAGGUCAUCAAUUUUGGCAAGGUUACGAUCACAGUUAGAGAGGAAGAUGUUGUACUUUUCCAUCUGCACAAAUGCUUUCCUUUUCAUUGAAUUGGGGGGGUAUCUUUUUGCUUUCUCUGUUAAAAACAAAAACCACAAGGACUUUGAUCACUUCUGUAACAAUGUUUUUGCCUAAAUGCAUCAGUAUGAAGGAGACAAAGCCAAAAGUUUCUAAUUACAAGAUAAAUAAUAGAACACUUGUACAUAGCCUUCAAUCUGUGUGGUGGGACUAAUCCCAUACAACCUCCCCCUCCCUGUUUUUUUUGUAUAGUUUCUUUUAUUUUUUGACUAAAUGUACUUUAAGUUUCUCUCUUUCUGUUUUUUUUACUUUCUCCCACUUAAUUUGUAUUCUGACAUGCACUAGGGAAGUGAAACUUAUCUAACUGGAUGCCAGUUCAGUGAAAUCCAAUGAAUACUGAUGACGCUUGUCAUGUUUCAGUGAAAUACUGUACAAUAUAUAAAAAUAAAUGUUGGAGUUACUACUUUAUUCCCCCCCCCUCA